AUGUCUCGCCCACGCAAUUGCGUCCCUCGUCGGAACACAGAGCGCCAUGCUCGCUUGGCCGCCGUCGACGAAGACCACAGGCGCCGCUGGCUAAGCAUUGGAGAUCCCACGCUACUUGCUCGAACGCUCGUCGUCGACGAGUCUGCUUCGGCUGUGAUGCCUGCUCGCUGUCGUCGAGCCCGACCGGCCCUCUGUCUGCACAAGUGGUUGCCGUCGGGGCUUCCGUUGGAUCUGCUCGUUGGGUGCUUCGGUCGUUCAUUGCUGGAUCGUUCGCCCAUUGCCGCCUGA